GUUUCCGAUUUGGAAUUCGGAGUGACCGUUAAACGAUUUUCCCCAGUCGGAGUUAGUUUUUUUCCCCCUAUUCCCAGUUGUCCUAAACGCGGCAUACCUCUCCCAAGACUCACGGAGGCGCUAAUUAUUUUUCUAUGUCACUCACGCAUGGAAGUGACGCACACAUUUGUAUGUGAACAACGGCUGAUGGGGACAUUUUGAAAUAAGUAGCUAACUGGUAUUCGUUAGUGGACCAAGGUUCACUUUACAAGCCAAAUUUACUUUAUUAGUUGUAUGUCUCGCAUGCGUGAUACGUUCAAAUUAAUGAAGAUGUCACAGAAGUCGGACACUGAAGAAACAAGCGUAUAACGUAAUACACAAGUGAGUUCCUGUCCUGGCCCACCUGUUUUAAAACAGUCAGACCACGGGGCCCUACGCUCAACUAGCAUGAAGAUGGCAGACACUGAGAAGACAGAGGAGUUUGUGGAUGCUGAGAUCUUCCCAGAGUGCCCUGUGCAGGGGGGGUCAGCUGCUGCUGUCAGGGGGGAGCAGGAGGAGCCCCUUAAAACAGAGACCACCAGCUCUCCUCCAGGAGAAAAGGAGGGGGACAGCCCCCUGCAGACUGAGGGUGAGCCCAGCCUUCUCUCCAUGCCCUGCCUCAUGAUGGAGCUGAGAAGGAACUCCCCUGAGUCUCCGCACGCCUCCACCUGCAGCGACAAGCCCACCUCGGGCCGUGCCUACGAGAGCGACUCCUCCAACCCCUGCAUGCUCUCGCCCUCCUCCAGCGGCCACCUGGCCGACUCAGACACACUCUCCUCUGGUGAGGAGAGAUCCGCCUCACGUGCGACAGUGGAGGGGGGCUCCACAGAGCCCGGGGCCGACACCAGGCUUGCAGCAGGGGGUCAAACAUCUGCAUCAAGUGGGCGAAAGUCCCGUCGUUCACGUUCUGAAAGCGAGAUGUCCACCAACACAAUGGCAGCCAAGAAAAACCGCUGCCAGCCCGCUGUGGUGGGAGGAGCAGGCGUCGAGAAGCAGACCAACGGCCGGCUGGCUAAAGUCAAAGGUCACCGGAGCCAAAAGCACAAGGAGCGUAUUCGGCUGCUUAGGCAGAAGCGUGAGGCGGCGGCAAGGAAGAAAUACAACCUGCUGCAGGACAGUAGUACGAGCGACAGCGACCUCACCUGUGACUCCAGCACCAGCUCCUCUGAAGACGACGACGAGACAUCAGGCGGCAAGACAAUCACCACAGACAUCCCAGCUGCGGAGGGAUCCGGAGUGAGCGCUCAGAUGCAGGGCCUGCUGGACGGCGGCGGCUCGUGGGACAGGAACAGCAUUGGCAGCGUGCUGGAGGAGGCCAUGACUCGCUUCGCUGUGAUGCAGCGGCAGACAGAAGAGCGCUUCCGCGUCUGGAUGGAGAAGCUGACGCGCCUCGACUCGGACGACAGCGUCGACUCAUCCAUCCACUCGAGCGACGCCCCCGGGCGGCACCAUCGGCACCGCCACAGGGCGCCGCGCCCGUCCAGCUCCUUCCUGCCCUCCUCUGAGUCGCAGGAGACAAUGGCGGCGUACAUGUUGGCCCGGGAGAACGCCAACGUCACCAUGAGCAGCAUGGCCCCCGACCCCCUCAACAACAACACCCUGCCUGAUGUAGUGCCUGUGGCUACCCAAAAUGGAAAUCUGGAUGUUCCAGACCCCAGCCUCUUGAACGUAUAGAUUCACUUGUUGGACUUGUGGAGUGGUUUAGUGCUGUAUUUUCCAAAUGGAUAAAGUUCCAGUACCAUCACACAUAUGGUGAUGAUGGCAAAUGUGCUUAUCUGAUUUCUACUUUCUUUGGGGGGGGUUUAAAUCACCCACCCUCCAAUUCUACUGGAAGUCCCUAAUAUGUGUGUUAUUACAUAAUUAACAUGAUAAGCAUGGCCUUGACUGUGACACUCAAGUCCUCCAUGAGCUUUGUGGCUCAUGGCAGCUGUGGGUGCUGAAUCACUGUGAGAUCUAAGUCUUUUGAAUGCGUUUUUUAAAAAUCUAAUUGGUUCCUGGAGCCAAUUUACUAUAACUGCAACUUAUAGAAAAAAAUGCAUCAUGGACAAUGCAUAUUUUAUCGACCGACUGUCAAGUCAGGGCUCUCAUUGUAUUGCUUUCAGUAUGCCUAUUCCAAGAGUAUACAUGUUUACCAGCUAACAUACUGUGUCAGUUCAUACAAUACCGUUCGUUACAGAACCCCAGACAGUCACUUGUGCAGGGGGCUGCUUCAUGGCAUGUGCCUUGUCAUACGGAAUGCUGGGAAUAAGAACGUUGUCAUAGUGCCAUUUUACUUAAAGCCACAUCCUCUGGGCACUGGGUUAGUAAUUGAUUUAAAUACUUAAUAUUUUCACAGCCUUUUAUUUUAGUGGCAUAGCUUUACAAACAUUAAACAUUCUAGGGAGCAUUACAUUCUUAACGCAAUAUAUUCAGCCCCAUAUGAUUCUUUGAAAUUGGAUGUCCAAAUCAGAACAUUUGUUAAACUUUUACAUGUAGGUAGAGAAGUAUAAUUUUUUUAUUUGACCUAAACUUCUGUUGUGGUAGCACUGAGACUGUGAAAGAUUAGGCCUAAUACUAUGAUGGCAGUGGAGAGAGACUUUUUUUUUUUUGUGUGUGUGGAUAUCGUGGUUGUGGGAUCUUUUGUGCUGAAUAGGAGCUAACACAUCAAGAGCCUCAUGUCUGUCCAUAUCCGUAAAAUGGUUUGUCUGCCAAUCUGGCCUGUGCUUAAAGCAAAUUUGGCCUUUUUGAAAACAUUUUUUUUGAAUAGUAGUUGUGUUGAUAUGACUUUUAUCAAACUGAAACCAGGUUUCACACUAUCAAUAUACAGUUAGGGCUCCAGAGAAAUAUAGCGCAUGUUAAUGAUUACUGGUUUCUACAUAGGCCUGCAUAACAUACAGGUGACAAUGUAGCCUUUUCUAGUUCAGAUCCUGUGAUUGCUUGAGUCUGAAUAACCUUCUCCAGCUACUUAUAAAAUCAAGAAUAACUUCUUCAAACACUACCUACACAUCCAGGACAUAGCUAAAGGAACAUAGCUGGAAGCAUAUUCAAUAGGGCAGUGGUCUUUUGGAGCAUUGUAAUUUGCACAUGAAAAUGUACUGCAUAUACAAUAUAGCUACACAGUUCUCAAUUCCACACUGUUUAAUCUGCUUAAAGUUUUACUGUUUGCAUGUGAACUUCCCUUCAUGUGUAUGUGCAAAUGUCAAAGAAUAAUUUAUUAGCCUGUGUGUGCAAGGUUAACCUUUGCUCGUAUGCUCAUGAAUUGUAGUGAGUGACAACUUCCUUUUGGUUUUAUGUUAACAGGACUUGGUCCAGCUCUCGUCUCCUGCCUUCAAAUUCAUGACGCACAGUUCAUCUGACAUAUUUAGUUUGCCGCCUUGUCCUGUUUGGAUCCCAGUACUGUAAAUGGUCUUCCAUUUGUUUACCACAGUAUUGUAUCAUGUCAGCAGCUCACUGAAAAGAGCCUGAUUUUUACAAGUGCAUCAAAUGGUCAUUUUCCAUUGGGGACCGGUAUUAAAAUCAAAUUGUAUUUGUCACAUGCGCCGAGUACAACAGGUGUAGUAGCCCUUAUAGUGAAAUGUUUACUUACAAGCUCUUUUCCAAUGAUGCAGAGUUUAAAUGAAGCUAUACAACACACAAGAUUGUUUACCAAAGAGAGAAUCUUGGUUUACAGUGAGCUCCAAAAGUAUUGGGACAGUGACACUUUUUCUUUUGGUGGUGGGGCUCUGUACUCCAGCACUGGAUUUACAAUGACUGAGGGGAAACUGCAGACUGUCAGCUUUCAUUUGUGUAUUUUCAUCCACAUUGGGUCAACUGUUUAGAAAUUACAGCACUUUUUGUCAUUAAUUGUAGACAUGUUUAGAAACUAUUCUUAUUUCCAAUAAAAGUGACUCCAGAAUAACACAAUACAUUAUUUACUAUUUUCUAUUGGGCACAAAAUAAUUUGUAACCCAAACAAUCAGCAAAUGCAUCCAAGUUUGUGUUGUCACAAGCUUAAUGUAAUUGUGUGCUCGGAAUGUGACCAAAUACUAAACCUUUGACUACUUUAUAUAAGUGAAUUGUCCAAAUACAUUUGGUCCCCUAAAAUUGGGUGACUAUGUACAAAAAGGUGAUGUGAUUCUGUAAACGGUUCACCCGAUACAGAUGAAAAUGCCCUCAAACUAAAGCUGGACAGUCUGUACUUUAACCUGCAUAGGCAUCAUUUCAAAUCCAAAGUGCUGGAGUACAGAAGCAAAAACAUGUCACUGUCCCCAAUACUUUGAAGCUCCUUUUAUCUUCACUGGUUAUGAGGACCAGGAGUUGUUCCUAAUCCUGACCAGCCUGGAAAAGGUUAGCAGUGUGGUUAAAGUUGGUUAAGGUUAGGUUUAAAAUCAGAUUUUUAAGAAGAUACAUUUUAGAAAUGGGUGUUUAGUCAGUAUGACUUUGUGGCUGUAUUAGACUUGAGUGCCUGGCAUCCACUGUAACACUGGUGCCCAUUUUGCUCUUGACUUGACUCCCAUACUGCACUGUCUGUGCUCUCAAAGUAUGCUGUCUAGAUCAGAGUUUCCCAAACCUGGUCCUGGGCCUCCCUCUUGUUGCAGGUUUUUGCCCUAGCACUACACAGGAAGGUGCCCAGGACCGAGGUUGCGAAACCCUGGUCUAGAUGACCCUCGGGCAUGUGGCUUAGGCUAUGUGUAACUGACUUCUCUUACAGGGUAGAACAGAGCAGACACUCGACCGACGCAUGUCCCCCAAUACUCUACCAGGGUUUUUCUACAACAUAACUAAGUUAACCCUUUGUUACAUUUUAUCUUAUUUUUUUGGAGCGUUUUUUUUGUUUUUGAUAACUGGUCAAACUGCUGCUUAAUUGUUUACUUGCUUUAUUGCAUACACAUGAUAAUUAAACGUUUUGAACUGUAUAAAGAACAUUUCGGAUUUUUAGUUGUUUGUAAUGAUUGCAUCCGUUGGUAUUUUUUUUUUGUGAAUGGCUGUUAUUUGAAAAGCAUUAAAAAGGAUACCCAAAAUAAA